GUUUAAGAGUUUGUAUAACACGUGAUGAUACAGUAAACUUUGAUUGGUAAUGGACUAUAUAUUUUUAACUAAAAUUUUUUAAAAAUAUAAUAAUAAUAGUAAAUAACAUUAAUUUUCGAGUUACGGACUGAUACAUUGGUGUAUAAUUAACAUUUGGAUAUGCUCUGAACUGACCAUUCUGUGAUAUUUUCAAUAGGUCCAAUUUGCGGUACACCACUUGAUGACUGUCAUAAAAAUGCUGUCUGCACAGAUGUCAGACCUGGAAAAAUUGUGUGUUAUUGUAUUCCCGGGUAUGCAGGAGAUGGAAAGUUUUGUACAGGUCGGUUGUGGAGUGUUGUGCACAAGAAUAUAUAUUCUAUAAUCCCAAUUUCCCUGCCCAAGUUUUGACAAAAUCCCAUUGUCCCAACUACAGUAUGUCGUGUUUGUUGGUGAGUCCCAGUGCAUGAAAUCCCAUUUUCCCAGCCCAAAAACAGGUGAAUCCCAGCUCCCAUUUUAUCCCUUCAGGACCCUCUCUAUAUUAACAGUACAUUUAUAAUUUUUGAAAGCAAAAUAAUAAUCUCUUCAAUAUGUUGGCCCGUGGCUGUGGAAUCGCUAGCGUGAACACCAACCUAAAAUGAACAUGUGACUCGUUCUUGAUUUUUUCCCUCAGUUUAAUUGACGUGUUUCAUUGUUAUAAUUAAUGAUCUAACGACCAAACCUAUUUAAAUUGGUUGGUAUAGCGUCCCAAGCGGUUCUUGCAUAUCUCGAGAAAGAAUCGAAUUAGACAAAUAACCUAUUUUAAAUCCUGUCAUUAGAAACACGAGUUGGUUUUACAAAACAUGUGUACAAUGUAAAAGAAGAUGCUAUGACCGCCGAAGUUCAGCUAAUUGUUACGUCAGGAGCAAUCACCUCACCUGUGACUGUUACGUAAGUUUCUAAAAUGUCUCUAAGUCAUGCACAUUACAAUUCGCUGUGUGGUGAUGACCAUAUAGACUUAGGACCUCGAUAAGGACCAGCUAGGCAAGUUGUUAUAUAAUUUUAACUUCAAUUUUAAAGAGCUUCUAAAAUUAAUGUCGUUGUUUUGUAUGUAGGAGUUAAACACCAUGUUAAACAUCUAUAUACAUUGACAUUGUUUGUUUCGUCAUCUAAGAAUAACUAUUGUGUUAUUUCUCUUUCAUUAGGGUUGAACCAGAGCGUGACUCUGCUGACUUGAUAGAUUUCAAUAAAAAACCAGUCAAAGUAACGUUCCAACGUGGUGAAAGGGGUCCCAAAGUAGUUGUUUUUGACAUUAUUGAUGAUAAAGAGGAUGAAGAAGACGAGAGGUUCAAAGUAUCACUUUCUUCUGACGAUUCAGUAGGUCUGGACGAACCUGCAUUUGUGAAUAUCAUUGAUAACGAUGGUAUGUUUUGCCUACUUUGGUGUUGACAAUAAUAUUUAAUAAACGUAGAUCCAUUUACUGUAUCUUAUAUAUCCCACACCACGACCUUUCAAAAUUUCAAAACAUAUUAUAUAUGCAGAAAAUAGCAGAUGGUGAAAAUGGCGUCUUGAAGUUGAAAUCGAUUUUCGUGCGAUUUGAAGACAACGUUGUUAUAUAUUAAAAACACUUCGAACAACAAGAGCAUGCGAUAAAGAAAUGAAUUUCCCUGUUCGUUUGCGGUCGUGCAAAGUCUUGUUGUUUAUGCGCUACUAUACUAUACUAUAAUGCGAUACAGACAAAAGCAUGCACCAAACAAGAUAUCUUGAGUAUAAGCUUAAAAAAAAUCCUAUGCUCCAAAAUGGUCAAUUGGAGGGCGAAUAUGACGUAGGCUAAUCAUUAUAAUGAAUCACAAAAUUCUAUUAAUGCUACAUGCCACAACAAAUACUCUAAUCUUGUUCUAACCGUUUAUUUGUAUUUCUACGAUUUGAAGACAACGUUGUUAAAAACGCCUCGAACAACAAGAACAUGCAAUAAAGAAAUGAAUCGUGUAAUGUCUUGUUGUUCAUGCGCUACUAGUAAAAUGCGAUACAACGAUACAAGAACCGGAACCUGGAAUUAGUAUCGAACUUAUGUUAUCUGCAUUGUGGAUAAUUGUAUAUUAUCUGCGGUGUGGCUGUAACAGAUCAUGAGAGUUGUAGGCAGCCGAUAACGACAACGGCAGAAAACGAAAUUAGCUACUUACAUUUUUAUAUGCGCCAACAGUUGAAUUCACACGAAGGAAACACGCCGUGAAAAUUAUAUAAAUAUUUCCCAAGCCCCCUAGAUGAGCUUAUAUAGCUCUUGGGGCAAACGCAUAAAUAUGUUUAAAAUUAAAAAAAUAAAAUAAGCUCACUAAUAUGCUGUAUCUAUGUUGAGUACACAGAUGCAUGUUGAGUACGCUGCGUAAUAUUUAAUUUGAGUCAUAGUCGCAGUUAAACAUAUAAGUAUAAGACAAGAUGUUUGACAAGAUGAUGUAAAUGAAAUGAGCUAGAUAAUAAUAUAAGACUGAGAUAACACCAGGCGGAAAUUGAAUUCCAGUUAAAAAUAUUAUUGCCCAGCAAAUAACUCGUAAAAGAGGCGUAUUCAAAAAACAUUUGGUAUAUAAAAAAUAUUUAUUGAGUAACGUUUCGUCACAUUACAAGCGACAUCAUCAGACUCUAUUUAGUCUUAGUUAACUAGACUGAGAUAAUAUAGAUAACAAGAUAAUAUACGUCCUAUUUACAACAAGCCGGAGCGGCCGUAUUGUAUCAGAUAUACAAACCAACCUCGUACCCAGUGCGUCACGGCUGCCUAAGUCAUGCGAGGUUGGUAUCGCUGAACCCCCUUUUAGUAGUAGCUGUUGUUCAUGCUAUUCUUAUUAAUAUUUCAGUUUGUGAUGUAUCCACUUUACAUUUCUUUUUAGUCCCACCUCCUCCAAUCAUCAAAUUCACUGAACUUAUUUACAGAGCACCUGAAAGUGGUAAUGCCGUUGUUGGAAUUUUUGUUGCCAGUGGUAAAGUCACAGCACCUGUCACUGUAAGGUAAGUGAAAAUAGUUUUGCAUUUUUGACGGAUCGAUCUAAUUAUUGCCUUGAUGGCUUGGUCACGUGAAAUAGUGUAGAUGAACUUGUAACGUGAAAAAUAUGCAAGGUUUACUCUCGAUUUCAAUUUGUUUUUGAAAUCUGACUUUGAAUGUUUAUUUGUAACUUCGGAAUGUUCGUUGCAAAGUUUUGAAAUUCGUUUUGAAUUGAAAUCGAGAGUAACACCAUACGAGGUAUUAGAUAGAAUACCGUACAAUACUAAAAUCAGAAACUUUCAUCAGUAAUUACUACCAUCUCAUGGAGAAAGCAGAAUCUGUUGGAUAGGUAACAACUUCGCUCAACUAAAUUUUAAUCAAACGGCGCCUUUAAAAGAUUGGACUAUUCCAUUUAAUAUCCGUACUCCCCCCACCUCCCGCCCGUCAAGGAUACAUGUUUUCCAUAGUUAUACCCUUGAAGAAUUCCAAGCUCAAAACCUUUUAUCCCUGGAGAAUUCCAAACUCAAAACCCUUUUAGCCCUGAUGAAUUCCAAACCCUGAAAAAUAUCAAUUUCAAAACCCUAUACCCUUGAAGAAUUCCAAACUCACAACCCUUUACCCUUGAAGAAUUCCAAGCCCUGAAAAUUUCAAUCUCAAAACACUUACCCUUGAAGAAGAAUUCCAAGCUCAAAACUCUCUACCCUUGAUGAAGAAUUCCACGCCCAAAACCCUUUUCCCAUGACGAUUUCCAUGGAAGCUCAAAACCCUUUACCCCUGAAGAAUUCGGGCCUGGAUUCCAAGCUCUGCAGUAUGAACAAUUUCAAUCUCAAACUUCUUUAUCUCUAAAGAAUUCUAAGCUAAAAAGCCUUUACCCUUGAAGAAUUCCAAGCUCAAAACCCUUCACUCUUGAAGAAUUCCAAGCUCAAAACCCUUUAACCCUGACGAAUUCCAGGGAUCAUCGUCAGGGGGGUAUGGAUAAUAAAUGGAUAGCCCAUUUAAUAAAUUAGUCUUUCAAAUGUUUUUCAGAGUAACCACAAAUAUAGAUACGGCUGAUAAGAACGACUUUGAUAGUACUGUCGAAGAUGUUACGUUUCAACGUGGUGAAACUGGACCAAAAUUCGUUGAAAUUCGCCUGAUUGAUGAUUCUGUGGAUGAAUCAAGAGAGAAUUUCACUGUUUUCCUCUCGUCAAAUUCAAGUGCAAUUCUGGGAAGACCUUCUUCUGUGAACAUACAAGAUGAUGAUGGUAAUUAUUUUCUUAUGACAUUAGUUUUGCAAUUAUAUGUAUUUAAUAUUUUGCGUUUUGUAUCUUAUGACAUUAUUUCUCACAUGAUUUAGAUGGAUGGUACUUAUUUUUAACCAUAUAGUCGUAAGGGAGCUGAAAAUUAGGGAGGCAGAAAGAAAUUUUCCAGACUUUUUUGCAUUUUGCCCAACUUUUGGUUUUGUAAAAUUCUGCAGCCUCUCUUCCCCGGCCUCUGCUCCCCUCCACCCUCCCAAAUAGUUUCACUUUAGUUAUCUUUAAAAACGUUGCGUUAACACAUCUUCUAAAUUAUACAUAAAUACACAUGCAUGCACUAUUCAACUCGGCUUACCCAAUGAUAUUUUUUUGAUAGAACCGAUUUGUAAGACCGAUAAACACGAUUGUCAUGAGUUCGCUAUCUGCAAGGAUACUGGGCCUGGCCUUUAUAAAUGUACCUGCAUGCAGGCUUAUUCUGGUGACGGGAAGACAUGCAAAGGUAAUGUGUUGAAGAUUACUGUAAAUGCCUAGUUUAGGAAAAUAGUGGUCGGUAUAAAGAUACACUGCACUUGCCUGUUCACUGUUAAGGUUAGAGCUUUUGCUGUUAGUUCGGCUGCUUCUAUAAUCAUGAUACUGAACCUCUUUUAACGCUGCUUUUAAUACUCGGCUGGCUCACUCAAGACAUUGUUUAUUUAGGAUUGUUUAUUACGUUGAUUUGUAAAUUAGUAAUGGAGUCAUGUGCGCGUACUAAAUUGAUAUUGUGUAAUUAUUUUAACAUAAUUAAGAACUGAAUUUAAUAAUUAAAUAUAAGCUUUUUCGGGGUUUGCGACGCCAUCUUUCCCACAAUAGAGCAACAAUACCAUGAUCCUAGGGACACGUAUUCCCAUUGGGAUGAAGCAAUGGAGGUUUUAUCAUUGUACUCCACUUGACGAACCCCGACAAGGCGUAUUAUAAAGAAUAUUGCGUUAAUAUCAUCUUCCAUGCAUGCAUGCAGUCAGUAAAAUGUUAUGUUGCCAAAGCAAUAUUUUUUUCCUUUUUCCUUAGUGAUAGCGUUCAGUUUCACGAGCUCGGUGUACAAUUUUAAAGAGAAUGAGAAGGCUGUUGUUGAGAUCCAACUAGAAAGAGGUGUAAUAAGUGAACCUGUGACCAUCGAGUAAGUUACAGUAUAUGAUGUACAACUUACUUUAUACAUAACAACUUACUUACAUAAUCUUUACACACAUAAUUUUUUGUUGCACUUGCAUGGUAUCCAAUUCAUGAGAAUGGAUCCUUUUUGCCUAUUUCAGACCCAAUAGAGCUUGAAACUUUAAAUGUAAAAACUUAUAAAAAACAACCUCGCAACUGAGCCAGGCUCGCUACUUCCGUUCCCUCCCAAACACUAGCGUGUUUGGGCUUGCGAAGUUGUUUUAACAACUAAUAAUACUAAUAUACGUUACAUUUUUGGGAGGGACAAAAAUAGUGAAUUAUGAAUAUAAAACAAAUUAUAAGAAAGCUUCGGAAAAAAGAAGAAAAAUUGCACUCCUUUCACUGCAUGCAAGUGAGUGUUCAACGUAUAAUUAUAGUCCUUUGAUGAAGGAUAUGUUUCGAUCGAGAAAGGGUGAGUUUCGAGGGUUGUGAAUUGGUUGUUGGUAUAUAUAAUGAAAAAUCUUGGGAAGAAUAAGCAUUUACUUGCCGUCUGAUGCAAGGUUAAGUGAACUUAACACAACUGUUUACAAACUGGUCUAUAUUUUAGAGUGAGAACGAUCAAGAAAUCAGCUGAUGAUAAAGAUUUUAUUGCAAUAACCAAAAACGUGACAUUCCAAGCUGGUGAAUUUGAAAAUAAGAUGGUAGAAAUUGACUUGAUUGAUGAUGAUGUGAUUGAACCGACAGAAGAAUUUACUGUCAGACUUUCUUCCUCAAUACGCGUUGCCGUUGGUUCACCGGCCACAGUUAGGAUAGAAGAUAAUGAUAGUAAGGACGGUAAGUGUGGUUUAUCAUAUUGUCAUUAUUUUUUUAAUGCACAUAAUAGUUACGUAAACAUGUAAAUUUUAUUUAUGUAUUCUUUGUGAAACUACAAAUGCAUUUCAUUCUACAUUUGGUUAAUAAUAAGCUGAAAAGAUUCUUUUGAACCAGAAUUCAUCGUUCAAUUAAUGUAAAGAAAAACUAAUGAUGCGCCGUUGAUUGCGUAUAAUUCCUGAAAUUUAUAUUUGUUAUAUAGCUGAACUUUGUGGUAUGGAUAUUGGUUUCAUGCUUGAUUCUACUGCAAGUAUGCGAGACUGUAACUUUAAGAAAGAAAAAGAUUUUGUAAAAGAACUCGCUGGAUAUUUCCAGGUUGGCCCAGGAGCAACUCAUACUAGUACAAUUGUUUAUGGUACCGAAGGUGUGCUUGCAAAAAGAUUCAACGAAACUGAAUCAUUGAAAGAUUUCAAGACAGAGAUUGAUAAUCUUCCAUUCCAGGGAGGAAGAGCAAAUUUAGAUAAGGCAAUGCAUUUAGCAGCAUCCGCCAUGUUUACUGUAAAAAAUGGCAUGCGUCCAAAUGUCCCAAAAGUUCUUGUGGUUUUUAAUGAUGGUGCUCAAAAGGUUAUAACACAAUCCGCAAAAGAGAUUUCUGCUCUGUUACGUAAGCAUGAAGUACGGGUUAUAGUCAUCGGGAUUGGGGAGGCAGAUCAAGAUCUCUUAGCUCAAAUUGUUGCGUCGCCUGAAGAUUUAAUUAUGGUGGAUAGAUUUGAGGAUGCAACGCCAAACCUGGUUGCUUUAUUGAACCGUUUUUGUUUAAAAGGGGGUACGUUUGAAUUUAUUUUAUCAUGCAUUUAUAUAUAGAUACCAAAACCUAUUUCCUAAAGAAUUAUUUUCUCUUUCUCGUUUCACCUGGUAUAUAUUUGGAAGUUUUAUCACAUAAGAAUUAAUGCACACAAACACAGACUGAACAAUCCAAACAAACGAAAAAAGGGAUUGUAUACACUUCAUCGGAAAUGACACCUAGAAUUCUUCAACCAGGUUCGACCUUUCAACAUUGACGUGGCAUGACAAACCAACGCGUGCAAACUUUAGAUAAGACAAAAAAAUUAUAUAUGUGACAAAUAUAACGCCAUUUGCAUGUUUCCUUGUAAGAACACUUCCCCGAUAAGUAUACGUUGGGCAAACAUCCAGAAAGAUUCUGACGACACUAACAGAACACCCAAACGCAAUAAGGGACCGCUCAUUAUUUAUUGCACAGGGGGGGAGGGGGGAGGAGGAGGGGGACUGAGUAGAAACUCUGCAGUUAUAAUAUUUUUUCGUUGCCCCCCCCUCUUAAGUCAAGUAGUAUUUUCAAAGCCCCCUCCAACAGGCAAAACAAGAACAGAAAUUUUGGAACCCCCCUGACUCUAGCUCUUUAUUUAGAGAAACAAAAAUUGAUAAUGGAGACCAAUUUACAUGUACAUAGGAGACAUAAGAGACUAUUUAUUCGGCUUCCAUUUGAGAAUAUUAAUAUUAAAGGUCUAUAAACAUUGUUAUUUGUUGUUAAGUUGUUUUGUAACACAUUUUUAAAACUACAAAUGUUUUUCAAACCAUUAAAUCUUUUCAAGACCCCCCUUCUUAUGUCUUUCUGUAUUUUUUCAAAGCCCCCCUUUCACGUUUUAAAAAUUUAAAGGCCCCCCCCCUAGUUUCUCCUCAAUCCCCCUCUGUACAAUAAAUAAUGAGCGGUCCCUAACCAGACACGAUCAUGCAUAUACGUAAAUUCGAUAACUGAUUCAGGAUCUUGCCUCAAAGAUCUACAGUCCGUUGCGUUUCAUUUGUAAAUGAAACAAAAACCAUUUAAUAUCACAUUUACUCAUAAUACUAGGAAUUCGAAUGCAAAACCGUAGCAUAUGACCCAUCCGCAUGUGUAAAAACCAAAUUUAUGAAAUACAAUUUCGCCUUUGACUUUAGACCAAAGUAGCUGCCGAAUCUUGAAGAAGAAGGCUGAUUUAAACAUUGGUGGAUGCGUUAGUGAAAAACCAGUAGAAAUUGGUAGGAAUGAAUAUUUUUAACAAAUAGUAUACAUUUCUAUCGUACGAACAUGGUAACAUGGUAAUAUAUACUGCCGAUUCGAUGUGUAGGCAUUUUCUCUAUCUUAUGAGUUUCAGGAAGAACCUGUGAAUAAGAAAUAAUGACAAUAUUUAUACGCAAUAUUUAGCAUUUUUACGUUUUAUAAACUUAAUCUAAUAUUUUAUCAAAUUUAUAUAGGAGUCUGUGGUGGACAUUGCUCUUCAUUUUCGAACUUUGUAGAAAGGAACGGAUUCUAUGAAAUGAGUUGUGGUUGCUGCAAAACGAAAACAAAAGUCACCAUUACUGUUGAUUUGAAGUGCAGCAUGAAUACCUACCAAGCUUUUAACAUCAAGUCAGCGGAAUCCUGUUCUUGUGAAUCUUGCGAAAUGGCCCGCACAAUUGACGUUCAAUAAUAGUAACCAGAGAUAAUUUCGUAAUUAUCAUUAUUCGUAGUAUUGUAGUGUUAUAACAUAUUGUGAGGAUAGACCACACUAAAUAUAUAUAUAUAUAUACAGCAUAUAUACAGACAUUUUAUAUAAUAUACAAACAAUUAAAAGCAGUAAAAGUUGUAAAGUAAUAAAAGCAGACGGGAGAAUUGAGAACUUUUGCGAUGGAAAUUUUCAAAGGAACUGAAUUAAACUGGCUUCUCAAUUUCUAUUUGGUUUCUAUCAAAUUCGACUGUAUGUCAUGUAAUAGACGUAAGUACCAUAGGAUGAGAAUGGGUACGUACCAUGCGUGGAUACCAUGCAUGCUGAGGAUGUCGGUGAAAUAUUUACGGCCAUGCACCUGCUUCACAAAGGAUAGUUAACAGUGGUAACGUUCCCAUUAAGACAAAUGCUCGAUAUAUAGGUUAAGGC